CGCGCACGGACCUGAGCUCGUGCUGCUUUCAGCUGCUUCUGAUUGGAACUGAGAGAUUUGGAGUUUUUCCUCGUUUUUUAGCUGAACUUGUUUGUGUUGAUGAACCUGUUCUGGAGCUGAAUUCUGAAUCUUUUGUCGGAGGGAAACCGUGAUGAUGUGAGAGGAAAGGUUGACGCGUCUCCGUGUUUUUCCUCCAUCUUUGGAGCUAAAGACUGAUUCUUUGUGUGAUUAGAUUUUUUUAAAUCACUUCCCAGGAACUUGUGGUUCUUUUGGCUUUAAAUGUGGAUGAAGCAGGAUCCUUCAGAGGGAACUUGCAUGUUCGGUUCCUCCUCCUUCCAGCUGAAACCCGAACCUCCUGCAGCGCGGACCGGUGCGCCCCGAGGUGCUGCGGGUGGAGCAAUGAAACCAUCCAGGAACUGAGGUGGAGGUGGUUGAUGGGGAGGAUUUCGAAUGUCAGCCGGGACAGUGGUCAUUGCAGGAGGAAUUCUGGCUACAGUCAUUUUACUGACCAUCGUAGCCGUGUUGUGUUUAUGUAGGUUACAGUAUUACUGCUGUAAGCAGGAGGAGUCUGAAAAGGGGGAAGAGGAGGAACCAGAACUUGACACCAUGUCUCCCUCUCGCCCCCUGGCUCUGUGCGCUCCUUCUACACCUCCAACGCCGGAGCAGUACAGCGACGAGCCCGAGACCUACCCCCCCACCUUUCUGACGGAGGCCAACGGACCCGCCAGCUACUCCCCACCUCCUCCACGCAGGUGCCAGCGUGCACACGCCUUCUGCCCAUCCUGUGCUCGCUGCUCUGUGCCCUUCUACCUGCAGCACCCAGAGAGACUGUGCAACGGCGGGCGCAGGAUCAGCUACAGGACUGUGCAGCAGCAGGACCUGGAGCUGCCCGAGGACCUGGCAAACUUCUACCAGAAGCUGCUCCGCUCCUACGCCGUGAAGGAGACGACUCAGAGCUACAGCACUGACGUCUAGCUGCUGCUGUCUGAAAACCCACUGGGACCUGAGGCAGAUGCUGUAGCAUUGGUCGUGAUGCAGCAGCAGCAUCAGGACCGACUCACGAUGCUGCUGCAUCAGGACCGACUCAUGAUGCUGCUGCAUCAGGACCGACUCACGAUGCAGCAGCAUCAGGACCGAUUCACAAUGCUGCUGCAUCAGGACCGACUCACGAUGCAGCAGCAGCAUCAGGACCGACUCACGAUGCNGCAGCAGCAGCAUCAGGACCGACUCACGAUGCUGCUGCAGCAUCAGGACCGACUCACGAUGCUGCUGCAGCAUCAGGACUGACUCACGAUGCUGCUGCAGCACCAGGACCGACUCACGAUGCAGCAUCAGGACCGACUCACGAUGCAGCAGCAGCAUCAGGACCGACUCACGAUACAGCAUCAGGACCGACUCACGAUGCAGCAGCAGCAUCAGGACUGACUCACGAUGCUGCUGCAGCACCAGGACUGACUCACGAUGCUGCUGCAGCACCAGGACCGACUCACGAUGCAGCAGCAGCAU